AUGCCAACAGAUUCCGCUGAGUUUUUUGAUCCUCCUCGCACUCCAUCGCCACCACGAGAAAAUACAAAACAACCUAUUUUGAUGUCAACGAAGGUAGUCCCAGAGGAUGCAGAACCCUUUUCUGAUCAUCAAAAUCGUCCAAGUAAAAAGAGGCCUCUGGCUGCUGAAGAUGCCGUGGCCUUGCCGGCCAGUGUAGUUGUCGUUGAGAAAUCGACAACCAAAGUGGAAACAACCACAUCAAAAGCUACUUCAGCGUCAACCGAAAAGGAAGAAUUGACUCAAUCAAGAACACAAGCCGAUGCUUGCGUAAUAUCCACUGAUGGAGACGAACGGACAAGCAAGGACUACUACUUUGAUUCGUACUCUCAUCAUGCCAUUCAUGAGGAAAUGCUGAAGGACGAAGUUCGGACGCGUACUUACGAAAUGGCAAUCAUGCAAAAUACCUACUUGUUUGAAGGGAAAACAGUUCUUGAUGUGGGAUGCGGAACUGGAAUUCUCUCCAUGUUUGCAGCAAAAGCAGGGGCAAAGCAUGUCUACGGAAUUGACUGUUCAUCAAUUGUCGAACAAGCCAGGAAAAUUGUUGACAUUAAUGGGUUUUCAGAUCAAAUCACAAUCUUGAAGGGCAAGGUUGAAGAAGUUGAACUUCCAGUAACCGAGGUUGACAUUAUCAUUAGCGAAUGGAUGGGCUACUUUUUGCUAUAUGAAUCGAUGUUGGAUACCGUUCUCUUUGCGCGAGACAAAUGGCUCGUCAAGGACGGUAUAAUCUUUCCAGAUAAGGCUGUCAUGUAUCUCUGUGGGGUUGAAGAUGGACAGGUCAAGAAGGAUCGUAUCGACUUUUGGGGGGAUGUCUAUGGGUUUGAUAUGUCCCCAAUCAAGGAUCUCGCGAUCAAGGAGCCCGUUGUGGAUGUGGUUGAUGCCAAAGCAAUUGUAACAGACUCAGUUCCAAUUUUACGACUGGACAUUUUGACCUGCAAAAAGGAGGAUUUAGAAUUCACAUCCAAAUUUCGAAUCUCUGCACAACGGAAUGAUUACAUGCAUGGAUUGGUGGCAUACUUUGAAUGCGCUUUCACUCAAGUUCACAAGCCCAUUGGCUUUUCGACUGCACCUUUCUGCCGCUACACACACUGGAAGCAGACCGUCUUCUACUUGGAAGACAGCUUGGUGGUUUGUGAAGGGGAGCAACUUGAAGGAGAAAUUUCGUGUAAGCCAAACAAGAAGAAUAACAGAGACUUGGACAUUGACUUGUCGCUCUCAUUGAGUGGACAGCACUCUAACAUUGUGACCAACAUGCAUUAUCGUCUGCGAUAA